AUGUCAAUAGGUUCAUCAUCACCUUCAAAUCUAGGUAAUUCAUCUCCCCUACCUUUGGACGCUCCGUCCACCUCUACAUCUACAAAUACAAAUUCAGUAGCCAACUUGGAUCUAUCCUUAUCAACCUCUAUCACAUACCUCGUUCAAUUCCUAAUUCAACCACUCUCAUCUCAUUACCCACACCAUGUCCUCUUAUCGCUCCGAGACGAAUUAACCGAGAGGUUAAACCAUUUAUUCACCAGCACAUGGGAUCCCUCCAGACCUCAAUUCGGCUCGGGUUACAGAUCACUCAUAUGUAGCAAACAUCUCGGCUUGCCGAAACCUCUAUGUGAGGCUGCGAAGAGUGUCGGCGUGGAGAGGGAGACAUGGAAGAGGGCUAUAGCGGGGAUCAAGUCCGGUGAUAGGGGUGAAGAAUGGCAGUGCUGGUGCGAUCCUGGUCAAGUUACUUGGAGAUGGGGUGGAUGGGAAUGGGAGGAUGUGGGGUACGAACCUGGAAAAGUGAUUAAAGAACCCUUCCAAAUCAUCUGGCAGUCAUCCUCUUCCCUUUCGCCCUCAAUUUCCACUUCCACUCCCAAUGCACCCACGCAUACACCUGCUCGAGCGUCUCAUGCCAUCCCGAUCCGAGCUCCUAUUGCUGUUGGCCCUCCUACACCUGGCCCCGGUCCAAGUGCGCCAGCAGUAUAUGCUAUCCCUCCUACCCCCUCUCAGCACUCUGCCCAUACCGUUAACGACAACGAUAAUCUCCUACCCGCCUUCUCAACCCUCGGUUUAGGUCAUCCCUCUGAACUCGGUGGUGGGGCUAGAAAUCAUACUCCAUCAGGCUGGACUAGCUCGACUGGUACUCAAUCGAGGGAAACCAGUUAUGGUGAUCGGUCAAUUGAUUCUUAUCAGACCGACUCGGAUAACGAAGAAGAUCACGAGAACGAUAGAUCGAAAGCCCCAUCAAGAGGAUCUCAUAGGGGAUCAGAAUCAACUUCAUCUAUUACUUCUUCAUCGUCCAUGUCGGAUAGCAAUUCAGGUCAUACUCAACUACUCACUCCUUCUUCUCGACCUAACUCGGCAGAUCCGUUCCUGAUUCCUUCUUUGUCCCUCAGGGAAAAAGAGAAAGAAAGAUCUAGGAAGAUCACACCUCCUUCGCAAACCCUUACGAGAGGUAGAACACCUUCACCGAAUUCUACAGCCAGUCUGAAAGAGAAUAUCACUCCCAACACCGAUACUACCCUCACACCCUCCACACCAACUGUCACACCUUAUGACGGAGGCAAUGUGACUGUUUUGGGAGGUGGAGUGAAAUUGGGUGGAGCAUCUAGACCUGGGUCAGUAAUUUCGUCCCAUAGAUCACCUAUCGAUAGGUCAAGAUCACCUUCCAUCUCACUUGCUUCUAGGGCUUUGGGCGGUGCGACCUCGACUGAGGGAGGAGGGGGAUCCACGAGGAAACAAAGGACGAGAAGAAGGAUUAUGCCUACGUAUCUUGGACAUCUUGGUCAACCCGGUGUAGGAGGUCCGAUCAUGGGUGCGUUCACAAUGCCUCAAUCUUUCACUCCUUCCAAGACCACCGGUACCGGUACGAAUGGUGGUAGUGUAGGUGUAGGUGUCAGUCCACCUCCUGUUAAUGUCGGGGGAGGUAGGUCGGUUAGUCUACCUACUACCAUGCCUAGGAUGGGAUAG